GGCAAGUCAACCAGCUAGACCUUCAAUGAACCCCCUGUCUGUGAGAGUCGGGAUGUCUCCUGAUAACAAGCGCAUGGAGCAGUGCAUCAAGUUUGUCGAUGGCGCGAACACCGUGACCCUCUGCCUACGCGGACCGUUGGCAUCUCCGACCAUCAAGAGCUGGUACCUCGAUAGUUUCUAUACACCCCAAACGGGAUCAGAUUGGACAAAGAUUGUCAGGCCGACGUAUGUAUCCGGCCUGUGUCCUACGCAUCCGAGAACGAGUGUUGGCUGAAAGGCCCUCGGAAGCCGAA